AACACUUUUAUAGCUUAUCUUCCGACCUCAAAAUUUCCCUUUUCCUGUUUAAUAAAGAGGUCAGUAUCAGAAUGAGCUGUAUGUGAUUGUGAUGUUUGUUAACACUGGUGUCAGUAUGAGAAGAAGCAGAAACGCUGAGAUGACAGCUUGCAGCUCUAACAUCUUCAUCAUCUUCAACAUUUAUCUGAGUUUCAUCUUCCACCAAAGUCAUGGUUCUGAGGUGAUUCAGCCUCUGAAUGUGACUGUAAACCCAGAUGGGUCAGCCUCUAUCAGCUGUGAAACCACGGCAAACGCCAGCGCUGUCGAAGAUGUUCGACUCAACGUCGUGUUACUACCAGACAAACCUAGACAGCUCUGCCAGAAGGGGCAGCAAGACUGUAGGAACAUUAUCAUGUACCAAGAGAAUCCCCAAAAAUGGCUUUUUAUCAUGCUCAACCUCUGGCCAAAGGCCAUGGACAUGAAAUAUGAGUGUGAGUUCACAGUGAAAGAGAAUAAUAUACAUCUCACCGAGAAAGGAACACCAACCAUACUACUGGCAGGUCAAAAUGAAGCGCCCUGCAUACUUCAGCCUUCACCUUCUCCUCGUCCUCAGUCUCCUCAGUCUCCUCAGUCUCCUCAGUCUCCUCAGCUCUGUUGGAUUCUGAUUGGUCUGCUGGCUCACGUGUUCCUGUACAGCUGUGUCAUCACCUCCUUCUACAUCAGACUGAGGUGCAGCAACAGAAAAGCCGAGAACUCCACCUAUGUAGAAAUGAGGAAAGCUCCUCGGCCAAGGAAUCCACCUUUCUGACUCAUCUUUCUUCACUACUGGCCUCAUGCUCAAUGUCUUGUGAGAGAGAACAGCAGAUCGCAUCAGAGUCUCAAGCUAUUGCAAAUACUUAUUUUUCCAAUUGAGUAAAAAACUCCUGUACCACUGAAAACAAACAGCAGAGUGAGACAAAGACUGUGUAAAGCCACCAUGCUGUCAGCUGAUCAUCUGCUUGUCUCUGCUUUUACAGUUGUAUGUGAUGUGGCACCAUGGUAUUAUCCGUUAUAUAGGAUACAUGAAUAUAUGUACAAUUUAUUAUUAAUUUUAACCAUUUUCAACUAGUGCUUCCAACAUCCAUUAAAGCUAUAAAAUGCUUAUGUAUACCCCAACAAAUUAAUCCUUUGGACUGUGUAUGGUUCAACUUUGGGGAAUUGUGACAACUUUCCAUUUUCAAUAACUUUCUAUUGAACAAAAUGGUGUAAGAUGCUGGACAAAAUGCCAGGGGAAAGUAAACAAACCAGUAGAGAGAAAAUAAAGGGAAGCCCAGGGAGGAGACAUUUGGUGGGCCCCUGUCCAGUCUCUAGCAGCACUAGCGGCUGUUUUAAGGACAGGGUGGGAGAAGCCUUGAUCUACUCAAAAAAGGCAAUUCAUGGAAAAAUGAAUGCUGGACGGGCCUCCCCCUGAGUUUGAGGUACUUUAAGGUAUUGAGAAUGUGGAGACCUGCAAUGAGCCAGCCUUCUACAAGUCUGGCUCAAAGUGGCCCUGGCCUUGAAUAUCCUUAAAUACAAACUGAGAGGGAAAGGAAGGAAGAUGAUACAUACAUACAUACAUACAUACAUACAUACAUACAUACAUACAUACAUACAUACAUACAUAAAUGGUGGACUCUCGAGCCUCCUUUCUCUCUGCUGCUGUUAGCCAGGGGUAGUAACUGUAUUCUGUUUUAUCCUUGUGUGUAAAAUGUAUCUUUUAUAUCACCUUUUUCAU